AUGGCGAAAAAAGGUAAAAAAUCCGCCAACUGGGACGACGAUGAAGACAUGUACGAGCAGGCGCCCGCCGAGGACUUCGGCGCCGACGUCUCUGAGUCUCCAGCGCCCGAAGAGGCCCAAGAACCCGCUUCCACCGACUUUUUGAGCUCCAUCAGAAGCUCCAAACAGAAGAAGCAGGCCAAGGAACAGGAGGAAAAGGACAAGAAGGACGGCCCCAAGUUGUUGUCGAAAAAAGAAAAGGAGAAGUUGAAGAAGGAGGCCGAGAAGUUGGCCAAGAAGGAGGCCGCCAACAAGAAGAAGGCCGACCAGGCCGCCAAGAAGGAACAGAUCAAGGAGGCCAACAAGAAAAACGCCGCCUCCAACUUGGAGAAGAAGGAGGCCAGUGCCUCUGCUGAAAGCCCCGAGCCUCUGGCUGCGGCCGAUGCCGAUGCUGCUCCUAAGGCUGCUCCUGCUAAGAAGGGUAAGAAGGCUCCUGCCGGUCUUGCUGCCUUGAAGCGUCAGCUUGAGUUGAAGAAGCAGAUGGAGGACGAGCAGAAGCGUUACGAGGAGGAGGAAGAACAACGUAGAGUCGAGGAGGAGCAGGCCCAGGCUGCGCAAGAGGCCGAGCAGGCCGCCGCCAAGGCCGCCAAGAAGGAGAAGGAGCGGUUGAGAAAGGAGCGCUUGAAGGCCGAGGGUAAGUUGUUGACCAAGAAGCAGAAGGAGGAGAAGCGUGCCCAAGAGCGUCGUCGUGAGUUGUUGUUGCAGUCUUCCAACGUCACCAUCCGUGCGUUGGAGAAGAAGGACGGUGACCAGGAGGAUGCCGAGGGUGAGAAGAAGCCCAAGAGAGUCGUCUACACCAAGAAGAAGUCCACCAAGCCAAAGACGUUCGAGCAGAAGCACACCAAACAGGCUGCUCCUGAAGAGAAGAAGGAGGAGGCCGAGGAUGUGGUCGACGACUGGGAGGCUCUUUUGGAGGACGAGGACGCUGCCGAGGACUGGGAAACCUCCUUGCAGCAAGACGAGAAGGCCGACGAAGAGGACGUCGAGGAAGACGCUCAAGACGACGCCGAUGAAGAAAACGAUGAUGACGCCGCCGUCAAGGCUGCCCAAGCCGCCGCUCAAGCUGCCGAGAUUGCCCGUCUUGAGGCUGAAAAGGCCCGCCAACUCGAAGAGGAGAACGCCCGCAAGGCCGCCGAGGCCGAGGCUUUGGUCAAGAAGGCUCCUGCCACCUCCGACAAGGAGCUCAGAUCUCCUAUCUGUUGUAUCUUGGGUCACGUCGAUACCGGUAAGACCAAGUUGUUGGACAAGAUCAGACAGACCAACGUCCAGGGUGGUGAGGCCGGUGGUAUCACCCAACAAAUCGGUGCCACCUACUUCCCAGUGGACGCCAUCAAGCAAAAGACUGCAGUGAUGGCCAAGUACGAGAAGGCCGUGUACGAGGUGCCCGGUCUUUUGAUCAUCGAUACUCCAGGUCACGAGUCCUUCACCAACUUGAGAUCGCGUGGUUCAUCCUUGUGUAACAUUGCCAUUUUGGUCAUCGAUAUCAUGCACGGUUUGGAACAGCAAACGUUGGAGUCCAUCAGAUUGUUGAGAGACAGAAAGGCUCCUUUCAUUGUCGCCUUGAACAAGAUCGACAGAUUGUACGACUGGAAGGCCACUCCUAAUGAGUCUUUCCGUGGUUCCUACACCCAGCAAAGCAAGUCCGUCCAAGACGAGUUCAUGACCAGAUACGAACAGAUCAAGGUCGCCUUGGCUGAGCAGGGAUUGAACUCCGAGUUGUACUUCCAGAACAAGAACAUGUCCAAGUACGUUUCCAUUGUGCCUACGUCCGCCGUCACCGGUGAGGGUGUUCCUGAUUUGUUGUGGUUGUUGCUCGAGUUGACCCAGAAGAGAAUGUCCAAGCAGUUGAUGUACUUGUCCAAGGUCGAGGCCACCAUCUUGGAAGUCAAGGUUGUGGAGGGUUUCGGUUACACCAUCGACGUUGUUUUGUCGAACGGUGUCUUGCGUGAAGGAGACCGUGUUGUUCUCUGUGGUUUGAAUGGACCGAUCGCCACAAAUAUCAGAGCGUUGCUUACGCCGCCACCAUCGCGUGAGUUGCGUAUCAAAUCCGAAUACAUCCACCACAAGGAGGUCAAGGCCGCUUUGGGUGUCAAGAUCGCUGCCAACGACUUGGAGAAGGCUGUUGCCGGUUCCCGGUUGAUGGUUGUUGGCGACGACGACGACGAAGACGAUCUCAUGGAGGAGGUCAUGGACGACUUGACCGGCUUGUUGGACUCCGUCGACAGCUCCGGUAAGGGUGUGGUUGUGCAAGCCUCCACGUUGGGAUCGUUGGAGGCUCUUUUGGACUUCUUGAAGGACAUGAAGAUUCCAGUGAUGUCCAUCGGCUUGGGUCCCGUCUACAAGAGAGACGUGAUGAAGGCCACCACGAUGUUGGAGAAGGCGCCCGAGUUGGCCAUCAUGUUGUGUUUCGACGUGAAGGUUGACAAGGAGGCCGAGCAAUACGCCGAGGAGCAACACAUCAAGAUCUUCAACGCCGACAUCAUCUACCACUUGUUCGACCAGUUCACAGCAUACCAAGCUAAGUUGCUCGAGCAGCGUCGUAAGGACUUCUUGGAGUACGCGGUGAUGCCAUGUGUGUUGAAGACCAUCCAGAUCAUCAACAAGAGAAACCCAAUGAUCAUUGGUGUGGAUGUCAUGGAGGGAGCCGUCCGUAUCGGAACGCCUAUCUGUGCGGUGCGCAGAGAGCCCGGCUCUUCCGUUCCAAACGUGCUUGUGUUGGGUAGAGUGUCCUCGUUGGAGGUGAACCACAAGUCUGUGGACAUUGUCAAGAAGGGACAAACGGCUGCCGGUGUUGCCAUGAGAUUGGAAAACCCAAGUGCCGCCCAGCCUACGUGGGGCCGUCAUGUCGAUGAGACCGACAACUUGUACUCUUUGAUUUCGAGAAAGUCGAUUGACACGUUGAAGGACCCUGCGUUCAGAGACACUGUUUCGAGGGACGACUGGUUGUUGAUCAAGAAGUUGAAGCCUGUAUUCGACAUUAAGUAA